AAGUGAAUCACUCUCAUUCUCACGCUUUAGUCGUAUGUUCGAUUUGAUCUGCGAUCGGCGCCUAAUCGGAGCAGUUCUUAACGAAAUUCCAGCGAAACAUGGCGCGUGUUUACGUCAUCGCUCUAUCGGUACUGGCGUUCUGCUUCGCUCCUGGGCAGGCCGGCUUCCUCGAUUGGUUCCGCAGCAGUGCCAACAAGGGACACAGUGUUUGCAGGGUGGACUUCGAGGUGCUGGAUCCACAAGGCAUCAAGCUAUGGACGCCCCACAAGCCGGAACUGAAAAUGUUCGGUAUCGAGUUGUAUGUGAAUCCCGUGGGAAGAAAAAAUGGACCAGUUGUGUGUAAUUUAUGCAAAAAUACCACGGAUUCAAUGCACGGGAAGUUCUUCAUCCAAAGCGACGAGCUGAUUGUAAAAAGGGGAGAUAUUCUCGAAUAUGUGGUAAUCACUGAUAACGGCAAAACUGUUCAACGCCACAAACCAAAGAGGAUGGUAGUGAAUGAAUACAUUAUCAAACCCCAGGGACGAUGUGCCUGUCCGACCACAACUCCUCAAUUCGUAACUCAUGGUUCGGAUUCUGAUGUCGAAAUCGAUCUACUUGAGCGAGUUAUUUCGCAUCUAUCGAACCGGUGUUCCGAAGGAACUGUUUCCAACUAUUUAUUCCUACAAGUUUUGACACCUGCAGAAUCCAAGGUGCCUCUGGAUCACGUUAGAGGCUACCUCACGGCCAAUCCUGCACUGAAGCCUUACGUCGAUGCAGUUACCUCUGCCGAAGAUUACGCGGAUGGUAUCUCAUUCCAAAUGAAAUCUAUUGUUGAUAAACUUAAAAUCCUUGAGCUGAGCAUCACCAAUGACGAUAUUUUGGAUUUCGAUGGUCUCACCACAAUCGGUAACAUCGAUAUUCGGAUAUCAGAUUCGAACUAGAUGGAAUAUUAUGUUACUCACCCAUAAGAGACUGUCGAAUAAAGCGUUCCAACAUAA